AUGGCAGAGAAAGAUGCCCAAUUACAAGAUGAAGACAAUGUUGCAUCCAUUCGGCAUAUCUUCUUGCAUGUGAAAGAGGGCACCCCUAUACCCCCUGCACUAUGGGACCUGCAUGACUCCAAUUAUUCUUUGAAGAAAGUCUUAUAUACUACCUUCAGAUUUGUCUAUGAAGCCAAAUUCACUCCGCCUGUCUACUCCAUCAUCCCUUCAGACAAACGUUACAUCCGGUCAUGGACUCUCGUCGUCCCGCACGCUACGACAGUCGUUCAAGUUGUUAGGAACAAUUGGGGACCUUCGUUGGAAGACCUCAUCGGAGAAUUCGUCGAUUUGGGGAUCCCAUUCUUCACGCUAGCGCUAUCCCCUAAUCCUCCUCAUGAACUGCCCCGUCCUGAGACUGUAUUCGAAGAUUUCAGUCGACCAUCCUCAUUUCAGCCCAACGCAUACACCUACAAAACCUACGAACUACAACGUGAUGAUUUUUUGAAGCACCCCCACGCACGUGCUGCACUUCUCAGAGGAGGCAUCCUGUGGCGGUUAUGCAAAGCGUCUUUUGAGGAACGUCUAGGCCUCGUCAAUGGGCCAUCCUCAGAUGUAAGGCUUUUCGGAGAAGCUAAACGAUUUCCCUCGUCCACCAGCGAUGGAGUAACCUGGACAGCAUGGGAUGAUAUCCUUACCGAUGAUGAAGUGGACCUGAUCUGUGGUGUAUAUUACGUUGCAGACGGUAGACGAAAGCAGUGGACGACGAUGUCCUGGUGGCCACGGCCCAAUGUAUUCGAUAAAUGCGGCCCGUGGACGGGCUACUGGAAUACUUCGUGCGAGCUCUGGUUUCAGCGACGUCUCGAUUCAAUUCGCUGUGGGAAAGCCAGACCUUUUAAACCGGCAGAGUGGAAGCGCGUUUUCAAGAGGUGCUCUCAAGACAAAACGAGACUUCUCUGUAACCUCACGGAAGAGGCAAGUGCUCUAUUCAUUGGCAAGGUGCUUGGUUAA